CAGUCUUGAAGUGCGUAAACUCCAGCCACAGCCAAGUUAACUUGAUUCGAAACAUCAUGUGUAAACCUAAUGGUAAAUAGAGACGAUAACCGUGUUGUUGUGCUCGCUGCUCCUCAACGACAGUGCGGUGUCUUUAUUUAUUUCACUUGGCUUGGUCAAGAAGUGUAAACCUGUGAGCUCGCCACUGAGGAUGGAUUCACUGGACAGGUGUUAAAAGACUCUACCCAAUAACAUUAUGGAGCGGGAACAUUUGGAGAGAUUUGCCAGCGGCGUAAGUCGGACUACUUCGUCAGGCUCAGACACCUGCACUGAGGGAGAGGGUGCUACGGCGCUACUGUACGUCAAAGUUUCUGAAGAAGGGAGUUAUUCGUCACGUUUUGAAAGUGUAAAAGCAGAAGGACAUGAGGGCGACGGUUCUGCAGAGGAUGACCAAGAGGAAUCACGGAAUGACGAGUGUGGGGAGGAAGGAGACGAAGACGAAAAGCUGGACAAUAUCCUAUACCCUCCCUCCAUACCCAUCAGGAAAUCGAGCAACCCGGAGCUGACUCAUGGCUUGUCCUCUGUUCUGAAGUUUAAGCGACAACUCAGUGAAGAUGGAAAGCACAUCAGAAGAAAGAGCCUAGGGGGUGCCCUCACAGGAAAAUACCUUCUGCUCAACACCAACACACACCAGGCAGCGCAGCCGUCAUCUGAGAUCUCUAACCUGGUCCGUGUGUGUUCCCAGAACCUUGGGAAGUCAGACCCCUCCCUCACCUCCAGCCUGAAGGAGCUGAGUCUCCCUAGAAGAGGCAGUUUCUGCAGAACAAGCAACAGAAAAAGCUUGAUAGGAAGUGGCCAGUCUUCAGCGUUACCACGACCCCACUCCCCCCUCUCCUCACUUACAGGAACAAGUCCACAAGACAGUCCCCGAAAUUUCUCUCCUAGUGCCUCUGCCCAUUUUUCUUUUGCACGAAGUCAUUGCCACAGAGCAGACAGGACUGAUGGUCGUCGCUGGUCGCUGGCCUCCCUUCCCUCCUCUGGCUAUGGAACCAACACGCCCAGCUCCACCAUCUCUGAGAAGCUGCACCAGCUGCCCUUCCAGCCCACACCUGAUGAACUACACUUCCUCUCCAAGCACUUCUGCACCGAGAGCAUCGCUGGGGAUGACUGCCGUCGAACCACAGCCAUGCGACCCCGCUCACGCAGUCUCAGUCCUGGAAGAUCUCCAUCAUGUUAUGACCAUGAGAUUAUUAUGAUGAACCAUGUCUACAAGGAACGAUUUCCUAAGGCCACGGCUCAGAUGGAGGAGAGGAUCCAGGAGAUAAUCCGUAGCAACUCUCCAGAGAGUGUCCUCCCUUUAGCAGAUGGUGUGCUGGGUUUUGCCCACCACCAGAUAAUUGAACUGGCCAGGGACUGUCUGGAGAAGAGUCGGCUAGGACUCAUCACCUCCAGCUACUUCUGUGAGCUCACUGACAAGCUGGAGAGGCUCUUUCAGGAGUCCACAGAAAGGUCAGAGAGCGAGGAGGUAAACUUCAUCAAAGAGCUGGUGAAGAAGAUCCUCAUUGUCAUUGCCCGACCAGCUCGACUACUGGAGUGUCUGGAGUUUGACCCAGAGGAGUUUUACCACUUAUUAGAGGCUGCCGAGGGACAUGCUAAGGAGGGCCAGGGCAUCAAAACUGACAUCCCUCGCUACAUCAUCAGCCAACUCGGACUCACUCGAGAUCCUCUGGAAGAAAUUGCUCAGCUCACCAGCUGUGACAGUGGGAUUGCAGAAACUCCUGAAACAGACGACUCUUGUCAGAGUUUGAGCGCCGCCUUGCGAUCCCGGCGUAAACCAUGUGAAAUGGAUUUUGAAAUGACAAAACUCAUCAGCAAUGGUGCCUAUGGCGCUGUGUAUCUGGUGCGGCACAAAGAGACCAAGCAGCGAUUUGCCAUGAAGAAGAUCAAUAAGCAGAACCUUAUUUUGAGAAACCAGAUCCAGCAGGCCUUUGUGGAGAGAGACAUCCUCACCUUUGCUGAGAAUCCGUUUGUGGUCUCCAUGUACUGCUCCUUUGAGACACGACGGCAUCUGUGCAUGGUCAUGGAAUACGUGGAAGGGGGAGACUGUGCCACCCUUUUGAAAAACAUGGGUCCGCUGCCCGUCGAUAUGGCCAGGAUGUAUUUUGCAGAGACAGUCCUAGCCCUGGAGUACCUCCACAACUAUGGCAUUGUCCACAGGGAUCUCAAACCAGACAAUUUGUUGGUCACCUCAAUGGGGCACAUCAAACUGACAGAUUUUGGGCUGUCCAAGGUGGGGCUGAUGAAUAUGACCACCAACAUAUAUGAGGGACAUAUAGAGAAGGAUGCCCGGGAGUUCUCUGAUAAGCAGGUAUGUGGAACCCCGGAGUAUAUUGCCCCGGAGGUGAUACUGAGGCAGGGCUAUGGGAAGCCAGUAGACUGGUGGGCCAUGGGCAUCAUCCUUUAUGAGUUCCUGGUGGGCUGCGUCCCGUUCUUUGGAGACACACCAGAGGAACUGUUCGGACAAGUCAUCAGUGAUGAGAUCAACUGGCCUGAGGGAGAGGAUGCACCACCUGCUGACUCUCAGGAGCUCAUCACCUUGCUGCUCAGACAGAAUCCUCUGGAAAGAAUGGGCACAGGUGGGGCUGCAGAGGUGAAGCACCACCAGUUCUUCCACAACCUGGACUGGAACAGCCUACUGAGGCAGAAGGCUGAGUUUAUUCCCCAGCUGGAGUCUGAGGACGACACCAGCUACUUUGACACUCGGUCUGAGAGAUACCAUCACCUGGAGACAGAGGAAGAAGAUACAAAUGAUGAAGACUUCAAUGUGGAGCUGAGGCAGUUCUCCUCUUGUUCUCACAGAUUUUCCAAGGUGUAUAGCAGCCUGGAUCUGUCCCGUGGGCAACUGGAGGAGAAGGGAGAGACAGAAGAGAAGAAGAGUGAGAGUCCACUGACUGUUGACUCUCUCAGCUGGACGCCAGACUUUGCUGAAAUGCCCUCCCUGUCCCACUCAACAGACACAGAGAGUCUGAAUCAAGGCCCUCGACCCAGCUUGUUGCCAAAGUUUGCUAUCUCAGCCGAGAGUGAGGGGGAUGAGUCCUCGGGCCUUGGCGACCCCAGCAAGACCUCUUUCUCCAUUGGAGAGCUACCUCAGGAUGAGCCUGAUGCUACUACUCCUGGCAGCACCCACAGCGGAGCCACGCUUUCUGGGAGUUUCUCAGAACAUUUGGAUCAGCUGACUUCCAGAGGUGAAAGUGUGGGGAGUCCGGACAGUACUAGUCAAACCUCUGGGGACCAGGGGGCCCAGACCACCACUCUGCGGCCUGACGCUCCUGGGGAGAAGACUGGGGCUGUGGCAAAAGUCCCAAAAUCUGCCUCAGCCAGUGCUCUUUCCCUUAUGAUCCCUGGGGAUAUUUUGGGAGUGUCUCCGCUUGCCAGCCCCCUAUCUCCUUACUCCCUCUCCUCUGACCCCUCCUCAAGAGACUCCUCUCCAAGCCGAGACUCCUCCCUCUGCACCACCAAUCCACGGCAGCCUAUCAUCAUUCACAGUUCUGGCAAGAAGUUUGGCUUCACGCUGAGGGCCAUCCGGGUGUAUGCUUGUGACAGUGACAUCUACACUGUCUACCACAUGGUCUGGAAUGUAGAGGACGGUGGGCCUGCCCAGAAGGCAGGACUAAAAGCUGGGGAUCUCAUCACUCAUGUGAAUGGAGAACCAGUCCAUGGUCUGGUACACACUGAAGUGGUUGAGCUUCUGCUCAAGAGUGGUAGUAAAGUGGCCAUCUCCACUACUCCCUUUGAAAAUACCUCCAUAAAAACUGGUCCUGCCAGGAGGAAUAGCUAUAGGAGCAAGAUGGUCAGAUGUAGCAAGAAGCCCAAGAAGGAGAAGACACCAGAAAGACGACGCUCCCUGUUCAGGCGUUUUGCCAUGCAGCCCUCCCCUCUGCUGCAUACAAGCCGCAGUUUUUCCUCUCUCAACCACUCUUUGUCAUCUGGUGAGAGUCUCCCUGGCUCCCCCACCCACAGCCUUUCCCCUCGUUCCCCCACUGCAGCCUUUCGCCCCACACCAGAAUUCAACCAGUCAGGUGGUAACUCCUCUCAGAGUAGCUCUCCCAGCUCCAGUGCUCCAAACUCCCCUGCAGGCUCAGGCCACAUUCGUCCAAGCACCCUCCAUGGCCUUGGCCCCAAAUUGACUGGACAAAGGCUUCGCCAGGGGCGCCGCAAAUCUGCCGGUAGCAUCCCCCUUUCCCCUCUGGCUCGCACACCUUCACCCACCCCCCAACCAACAUCUCCUCAGCGCUCCCCUUCUCCCCUUCUCAGUGGACAUGCUGUUGCCAUCUCCAAGACAUCCCAGGCUUUCCCGGCCAAGAUACACUCCCCACCCACAAUUGUCCGCCAUAUUGUACGGCCCAAAAGUGCUGAGCCACCCCGCUCGCCUCUUCUGAAACGUGUCCAGUCUGAGGAGAAGCUGUCCCCCUCCUACACAGGAGAUAAGAAGCACCUGUGUCCUAGGAAACACAGCCUGGAAGUGACCCAAGAGGAGGCUCAGGGUGAGGAACUGAGUUCUGGGGACCGUGACUAUCCCGUCUUGCAGAGUGUAGAGGAGACAACCUGUGAGCCACUGUCUAUUACCCGUGUACGACCUGUUGAACAGGGUUGUUUGAAGAGGCCAGUCAGUCGCAAAGUGGGCCGGCAGGAAUCUGUGGAGGAGCUUGACAAGGAAAAGCUGAAGACCAAGAUGGUUGUGAAGAGACAGGACUGGUCAGAGAGGAGAGAGUCUCUACAGAAGCAAGAUGCCCUCCGUGAGUCUGACUCCUCUUCCCUGUGUGCAGAUGACAGAGACAAAGGUUUUCUGGUUCGCGGCCAAAGCAAAUCCCAGAGCAGCCCAGACUCUGGCCCACUGGAGGCAAAAGCUGCCAGCACCACCUUGAAAGAUGUGCUGUAUAAAAAACUUAACACACGUGCCUGUGAGGGCAUCCCUGAACCGUCUGGUACCAGCAGUUGUGAAAGUGAGGCAGGGCUCCGGUCACCUCUGUGCUCCAUUCACCCAGACAGGCAGCACUCCAGACAGGGCAAGGAGAGUGUGAAGCCAGACAGGUUGGACUUCAAAGCUCCCAGCAUAGAGUUUACCAGGAAGAGGUUGUCAUUUGAAGAACGGGAAGACUGCAUGUGUCGGUUAUCUUCCAGCAUCCAUGAGAACCUCCACUUUGGCUCCACCAGGUCCAAGAGCCUCCAGCUGGACUCAGCUAUAUCUCAUGACCACAUGAAGGGAGGCCUGGGCAGUGUUCACUCUAGCCCUGAAGGUUUGGCCCCCAAGCUGUUCUCUGGUAGGGGGGAGAGUGCUGUGGAAAAGUUGCAGCUCAUCUCCUCAGCAGAGAAUCCCCUCCGAAAGACAUCUUCUGAAUACAAACUAGAAGGGCGUCUUGUUUCCUCUCUCAAACCCCUGGAAGGCACCCUGGACAUUGGCCUGCUAUCAGGGCCCAGGGUCUCCAAAACAGAUACCUGUCUAUCCAAGAUGGUGGAGAACACAAGUGACAGUACAUCGAUGAGUCCUCCGCUGUGGCUCCAGAACCCUACUGAGAGACAGAUAUCCUGCCCCCAACUCAAACCAGCUGAGAAACCGAAGAGCCCCUUGGCCUGUGCACCAAGCCCUGGACCUGGUAUGUCUCUGAAUUGCGUAGUUUCCUCCAAAGAGCAGCCAAGUCGUUCAGCCACAGAGUUAAAAAGCAGUAGCAGUGGUGAAAAACCACAGGAUAGACAUAGUGAAUCAAUAAAAGUCCCCACCUCCAAAGGGGAGGCCUCAACUUUUACAACUAAACAAGACAGCAGGACCAGUAUGAAGGCCAGUCCAUCGCUGGCACAUGAACACAGAAGCACCCGACACAGCCCUCACUUCUCCUCAUGUGGAAAAACGCCCUCCAUACGGGAGGUCAGCAAUGAAGAUCAGGAGGAUGAAAUGGAACAGCAGGAAGUCACACCAUGCACUACAAUACAUAAUGCUGGCACCUCCAAGACCGCAGAUCCUUUGACUUUGAAUAAGCUACAGCUUGACAUAAACACUGCCCCUGCACCUGCACAAGUGGAAACCCCUGUCACAACUGCCAAUGAACCUUUACCUGUGUCUGUGACACCUACUAUAAACUCUGCAUUAGAGACAGGUCAACUUAAAAGCUGUGAGAAACCAGUUACUGUACAGAGCUCAAACUUGACUUCUUGUUCUCAAGGGAAUAUACAAACUAACACUGUAUCUGUGCACUACAUUCUAGAGGAUGUCCAGCACCUUUCAAAACAGCAGGUGUUAAUCCACAGCUCCUCUUCACAUAGCAAACCACAAGUUUCUGUCCCAACACCAGCCUCUGGUCCUGCAGAGGGAGGUAAAACCUGUAGUUCAAAACCAAGUCAAGAGUGCACUGAAAGUUCCACUAGCAGGGAGAGUGUACAGUCUAACAGGUCAGCAGUGAAGGUGGUCAGUGGCACAGGCAGCUCCUGUUUUAAGAAAGAAAUCAACACAUGUGCCACAGCUGAAAAUAAUGCCCCUGGAAAAGUGGAGGCUAGCUCAAAAGUGGAGCAGCAGGGAGGUGUUUCUAAAGGAGCGGUGAACACAGCAGCCUCAUUAAAUGGGGCUGUAGAAGUCACGCUGAAUGCAAAUCAAAAGAAGGAUAACACUGUGCUUGUCGGUGCAAUAGAGAGUAGUAGCAAACCGAAGCAGAAGAGAGAUGAUCCUAUAUCACCAAAGACAAAGAACAGAGGCAAUGUGGAGAAUAAAGAGACAGAGCAGCUGCUAUCAGCUAACCAUCCACUUGAGAAAGCACGACCCAAAUCACCUGAGGCAGAACAUUCCAUCUGCAAAAAAGAGAAAACUGAAGUCAGUGUGAAAGAGAUUAUCACAGCCCCAACAAUCAAACCGAAGCAGUCAUCUACAGCACAUGCAACCGAAACUGUGUUGAGUCCCAAAAGUAAUUCAAGGCCUGACACCCAGCCUGCAUCGCACACUGCUAAGAAGACAGAGAAGGAGACUAAGACGGCUAAUGUGAAGUCUCCUAGUACAACUCCUGUUCCAGUAGUCAGGGGCGGUGUAGAUUCAAAAGGGAGAGAUUUCUCUAAAGAACCCACACUCUCAGUAAAACCCAGUCAAGUGAUACAUGACCCUAAACAGAAAGAAACUUCGCUGCAAACCACUGGACUCAGCUCUGACUUGAAACGGGAAAAAUCAGUGCAGCUGACACCCGCAACUCCUGCUACCAGAGAAAGUAUUGAUACAAAGCAAAGUGAAAUCCAACCCAAAAGCGUUGUAGCAACCUCAGCUCAUAUAAUAAAAGAAAAUAUGGACUCGAAACUCAAAUCUCUCCCUCCUAAAACUCUAACCGCACCUUCAGCUCUAAAGCCCUCUGUAGCUCCAACACAAGUUGUAAAACAAAGUCUUGAUGCCAAACACAAAGAGCCCUCACCCAAAACCCAACCUCCAGUCGUUAAAGACUAUGUUGACUCGAAACCAAAAGAUGCUGUGUCAACUCCUACUGCACUUCAGCCACAGCAGCUCAGGAAGGAGCCUGCGCCACAGUCAGAUGUUCCCUCCCAGUCUGAUCGUCCACCAGUGCUGCAAAAUCCUGCAGUAAAAAGAGAAGCACAUCCACCAAGCAGUGGAGCUCUCUCAGGCAGGGCCCCCAGCUGCACAGCUCAGGAGCCUGUAGUCAAGGUGUCCAAAGAAGGCCCCCGGUCUGAGGGAACCAGAUUGGACACUCACAAGGGCCCUGGCGGAGCUGAUGUGUCAGGGUCCAGGUAUGGCACACACGAUUCCAGAGCUACCACCUCUGACAAACAAGUGUCCUCCAGCCGCAAGGACCAGGCCGAGAGGAAGAAAAAAGAAACUGCUCAUGAGGCUGCGUCUGCACAGAAAAACACACGAAGAGACGCACCGAGAGCUGUUACCUCUGCGUCAAAAGACAGCGGCACAGGUUCGGACAAAGACACUGCUCGGUGCAAACAGCAGAAGGAGUCACCACGUAGUUCCACCAACAAAAAGUAAAAGGGGGGAUUGAACAUAACAGCCAACAAUAUUGUUUUAGAGAUUUUGAGUUUAAGAAAUGUUUUGUGCAAGCAUCAUCAUGCCUUCUUCUUUGUUUGAGGACCGGUGAAGCUGUUACUGUGUUCAUUAUGCUGAUAGAGUGGUCGGUGUGUGUGUCUGUUUGUGAGUGUGCAUGUGUGUGUGCGUGUGUUACAAUGUACAUGUGCAUUUAACAAGAAUAUUUACAACAACCCAUGGAAAUGUCUAGAGGACUGAAUGUAGUUCAGUGGUUUGCUGAUUAUUUCUUGUAAUUCUGAUGUUAGAGUUUCAAUUUUUUUGUCAAGUGAAUGUUUUAUUUCUGUUGAUAGCAGGAUGCAUUGUGCAAUCAGCAUGUCAGGGACAAUAGGGAGGAGCCUUACAAAGGUUGUGCUGUACUGUAUAGUCAGUGCCAUAAAUGAUUUUGAAUUGCACUCUUACUUCUGGGCGUGGCGCACCUGGUUCUGAUGGUGGAGGACUUCUAAUGCAGUAGACUAAACACUUUUGAUUAGCCAUUUAGUAGUGUGAGAUUGCUGACUCACAAUUCACUAUCAGCAAAUGCAGAGAUGAAUAUCGCAAUUAUUUCUGUUCAGGGUAAUUGGGUAACUGGUUAAUUUGUUUAUUUUUUUAAGUCGAGGUGGAGUGUGCUAUUUGUUUGUCUAGUGGUACACAGAGGGAAUGCACUAUGUCCUGUGCUUCUCUCGUAGAACUUUGGAAAUUGGGAAUCAUCUUACAGUUCUGGAAAUUUAGUAAAGGGGCCUUAGAAUUAAUGGGAAAUUAAAACUUGCUGUUCUUAGCAAGUCGUGGUGUUAUUCACAUUCCUCUGACAUCUGUACAUUUUUAAAAUUUUGAUUUUUAUGCAAAAAUGUAAAUAUGACAAUACUGUAAAGACGGGGAUACAUGGGCUUACAUGAUUGUUCUUUGUAUUAUAUGUAUAUAUUUUGCAAUGUCAUGUUUGUAUAUUCAAUAUUAGAGAAUCAUGUUCUGCUUGAUAACUCUGUGGUCUGAAGUAAGCUAACAUGAUGUAUAAAAAAAGGCAUCCUCUGUGAUUUAACAUGUUAUUACAUGCUCUAAAAUUUACUUGAAGAGAGAAAAAUAAGGCAUGAGGGGGUAACUGGGCUAUUUCUAAUAAUGUAGCAUUAUAUAACAAAACUGUGAGGGCUGUAAGCAUUUCCCAAGAAUGUCUUUAUUGUUGAUAAUGCCAUAUUAAUGAAUCACUGGCUUACUAUGGGUCGAAGAAUAAUGACUGUGUAAAAUCAGAAAUAUUCAGAUUGUGUAGAGCGGACUUCCUUGUGUUGAUAAACAAGAUGAACCAGCAACUCUGUGUAUGUUUGCCAAUAGAUUCUCGUAGUAGUUUAAUAGCGUCUUUGGGCGUCAUCUCAGAUUCUGUCCAUGGCUGCCCAGAAUCAAAACAAGCUCAAGCAUGGUUUGGUUAAGAUGUAUUUUUAAAGGGUUCAUUUUCAAGUUCACACACAGUGCUCGAAUGCCAGGGUUACCGCAGAUUUUGAUUUCACGCUUUAGUCCCGACGUUGUUCAAGUUACGUGUUAGUGUUUCUAUCUCUACGGACUAAGCAGUUCAGCACUUGGCUUACAGCUAUACAUAGGU